UGGAAGCAAAGGCUUAAAGAGAGAAAUAGCAAAGAAUUCAGAUUUAAAGAAAUUUUAUAAAGUUAAUGCCAUGGGGCAAGCAUUUGUAGUUAUUCCUGAUGGAAUUCUUAAUCGGCGAAACAAUGGAAAAUUAAGACAGUUUAUCCUAGAUGAUUGCUACAUUGAUGCCAUAAUUUCACUUCCUAUUAAUACCUUUUUUCGCAACUCUAAAAAAACUUACAUUUUAGUUUUAACUAAAAAAGAAAAAAAUGAAAAUGGUAAUUCAGAAAAACAAACCGACCCAGUGUUUACUUAUUUAGUUAGUGAAAUUGGAGAGAGCAGAGAUAUUAAUAGAUUUGACAUCGGGCAAGAUGAUUUAACCGAAGCCGUGGAACUAUUUAACUCUUUCAAAGGAAACAAAAAAAAUUUUCAUAAGUUUCAGGGAAUAAAAUCCGAUAAAAGAUGUAAAUUGUGGAAAAUUGAAGACUUUAAACCUGAUAAAGACUGGUCUAUUGCUGACUUAAACACUUUUGGCGAAUUGGUUGAAAAUGUAUCAGACAGAUUAAAAGAUUUUAGUAAUUUCAUAAAAGAAAUUGGCAAAGAUGAGAAUAAACCAAAUGGUUUUAAGGAGAUUUUGCUAUCUGAAAUUUUUGAAAUUAAAAAAGGAUUUACUAAAUACACUAAUGAAUUUAUCAACAAAAAUUCUGGUGAAUAUCCAGUUUAUUCAUCUCAAACAACUAGUGAUGGUGUAAUAGGAAAAAUUAAUUCUUAUGAUUAUGAUUCAUUGAUACCCAAAAAUGAUAACAAAAAUCUGCUAUUAAGUUAUUUACAUUUCUAUUUGUCAGAGAAUUUGAAAGAAUAUGCGGUGGGCA